UAUAUUUUGUCCUGUGACUCUGCAGGGGGAUUUAUGUCACUGGGUCCAGCAUCAUUGGUGGUGGAGUCAAAGCCCCUAGAAUCAAGACCAAAAAUCUUGUCAGCAUUAUCUUUUGUGAAGCUGUUGCCAUUUAUGGGAUCAUCAUGGCAAUUGUCAUUAGCAAUUUGGCAGAGAACUUCACUGGUACGACUCCAGAGACUAUUGGGGAGAAGAACUACCAAGCAGGCUACUCCAUGUUUGGUGCUGGACUCACUGUUGGCUUUUCAAACCUCUUCUGUGGCAUCUGUGUUGGCAUUGUGGGCAGUGGAGCUGCCCUUGCUGAUGCUCAGAAUGCCAGCCUCUUUGUCAAGAUCCUCAUUGUUGAAAUUUUCGGCAGUGCCAUUGGACUGUUUGGAGUGAUUGUAGCCAUCUUGCAGACAUCGAAAGUAAAAAUGGGAGAUUAGACGACUACACAACCUACAGAUCAAAGAUGCUGUGUUGCUGGUGCAAACAGGAGGUGUAAAUACAUAGUAAAUUAUUUAAAUGUAUUUUCCUUUUGUGUCUGUUUUUAACCAUCAUUUUCUGAAGAUUGAAAUAUUGUAUGUGCACCAAUUUGUCUUAAAAGAGUGCAUGAUGAUGUCAAAGGCAGAUCUUUGACGACUUAAACACUUAGUUUGGCAUCUCAUAAUUCUGAAAAUGAAAAUAUCACUUAAUGUUUUUGGCCAUACCUCCAUGAUGUCCUAAUAUCAAAUUUAAUUAUUAUUAUUAUUUUUAAAGCAAAAGUUAUUUUAUUUAUUAAAAAAAAGCUUAAUAAUAUAAACAGUGAUCCUGCAUAUGGUGACAGAACCGGUCUGUAGACCCAAUGUUGGGGUCUGUUUAUGUUUGUAAUUAACUCAAAUUCAAAUAUAUAGUUCGCUGUGAUGGUUUUGUACAGUACAAGAAAAGUGAUGAAUUGCUUUAGUGUGGUUCUUUGCAUUGGAUGGGUGUAAAUCAUAAAGUAUUCUCUUGAUGGCUGUAUGCAAGAAUGUUCUUGUGUAUUUGCGUGAUGACACCUGGUGUAUCUGGUGUGCUUGACCUGAUCUCACUCUCACGUGUUGUGUUCUUUCAUGUAGCUACUGAAUUCAAGUAAAUGCUAACUUUGAAAAAACAGUUAUACCAAAACAAUGAUGUAAAAUAAAUAAUACCAGUCAUCUCCAAUUGUAUUUCUACCAGUGUAGGCCCUCACUUUGUAGGGCUCUCUUCAGAUCUGGUUGGUUAAAAAUGAGAGGAUAUAAUAAUCUGAUGCGUGUACAUAUUAAAUGCAGUUGUGUUUUUUUUGUGGAGCAUGAGGGUGUUUGCCGUUCUGUUUCUCCUACCUGUCUUGUGAUUAUUGUUUACCUUGUUUUUUUUAUUUGUUUUUUUUAAACCCGUCACAGAAACAAGCUUCCAUAAGUUACUGUAUGACGUCUAAACUCUUAAGAACAUUAUGUAACAUUUUCUUUGCUGUUCAUCUCGGGUAAUCCUGAAAAUGAUCAUCUAAAAGCAAGUUCAUAGCAGAAAAGCACUGCAAACAGCUGUUUUAGGUGACUUUAAUUGGUCACAGACCUUAGAUGCCAUAUUUAAACACAAAUAAUAACGAGGCUGUAGAUUUGACUGGAUUUCAAGAUCUCAUUUUCACAACCAGAGAUUUUGUCCAACUGAAAUGUUUUAGGACAAUGUAUUUUCAGUGUUUCAUCGGCUGAAAUAUUUUAACGGAACAACCCAUUUAUCCCUCACAGCCUAAUUUUUAUUCUUGUAUAAUUAUAUAUGGUGUUUUCCUUCACUGAGGUUAUCUACCAAAUCUAACAGUACUCUGUCUGAACCACUGUUUAUAUCCACGAUCAAACUUGUAAGAUCAGUUGGCCUUCUUUUAUCUCUACUGAAAUGCUUUACUAUCUAUGAUGUUUUUGUGAAGUGGAGGUACAUACUAAACAUGAUUGUACUAACUCCUAAAUGUCCAAAAUCAGCUUCUGUUAAAUGUCUGUUUAUAUUGCAAUGAUCAAUCAAAUCACAAACUCUGUCGUUAAAGCACUAUGGUCUUGUGAAGCAUUUCCAGUCUGGUGACCAAGAUCAUGUGUUUUCUUGCACUGGAUCUAUGGAGAGAUGCAUUCAUUUGAUUUAGAUUUUUUUUUUUUUACAUGGAUUUAUUUUGAAGCAUUCCAAUUUAGACCGGGUUGUAAUCAACUCACUCCUAAUGGAUCAAACUGCGAGGCCACUUUAGGUCUCAUUAUUGUGGCGCUUCCAGGACCUGGAUUGGCUGUUUGAUUGUGGUUCAGGAGUUGUGCCAAUGCCAUCUCAUGUACAAAUUCGUACGAAUUAGCCACCUAGUAAAAUAUGUAUAAAUUGCUGUGAGAUCGGGUUGGUUGUGCGGUAAAGAUGACUACUUCACCAUUUCUCCCGUUUCAGUGAUUGUUAAAUAUGUUAAUGUGGUGAUUCCAUUGUUUUGAUGUGUACAAGUGGAUCCUCUAGACUAAUUGUCCUUGAAGAAAUAAAAAGA